UGACUAAGAAAAUCAAAGUUUCUGAUCUGUCUCUCUCCUGUCUCUGUCUCGUCCGUUGUCUGUGCGGCACCUAGCAAAAUCGAUUCUCUCUUCACCCGCCCUCCACGGACAAUAGGUCUCUUGCAGUUGCAGAGUUAGCCGGUGGACCAUUCCCCCGCCCAGCUCGCCGAGCCGAGUGUCGAACGCCGUGACGCCGUCCCGUAGCCGUGCGUGCCCCUACAGAAGAGUCGCGAUUUCCUUCCUCUACUCUCUCAAGAUUUCUAUCUUCAUAUUCUUCUCCUUCGAUUACUUGGCUAUUGAACUGUUUGCUCUAUGCAAGCUAGUAAAAUCCCUAAUUUUCAGAAUCGUUUUUCAGCUCAACCGAGCCAAGCCUGGAUCGAGCUCGAGCCUGAAUCGUUUUUCCUUCGAUUGCUAGGCUUUUCUGCUUUGACUGUCAUUGGAAGUGGGAUAGAUUAAUAAAAAUUUUGUUCGUGGGAAAUCCAAAUCGCGAAAGCUACUCAAAAGGAACAGAGAGUAGAGAAUGUGAAAAUGAAAAUCUUGCCAUCCCAGUAGUUUCUUAGAAGCUCGCAAAUUCGCCUUUUUGACCCGUCCUGCGCGGGACAAGUUCAGGUCAAGAGUGCGUGUUAAAUUGAAAGAAAGAGACUCUGCCUCUGUCCCUGUUCGCGCCACCACCACGUCUCUCAGUGGGCUCUCCUCGGUCUGGCGGUCUCUCCCCGGGCCUUUCCGCCUCCUGCAGCUGGAGCUCUCCUGCUCGGCCCUCGGAUUCCUAAUCGACCACCCACCAGGUGAGGUGAGAUGGAUGUUCCACUGCCAACGGAUAAACUGUCCUUGACAUCCACGAUCAAUCCGGAACAGAAGUAUGUGGUUCUUGUAGCCACGGGAAGUUUCAACCCUCCCACUUACAUGCAUUUACGUCUGUUUGAGCUGGGAAGGGACGCAUUAAAUGCAGCGGGAUAUAUUGUUAUUGGAAGCUAUAUGUCACCUGUAAAUGAUGAAUACAAGAAACGGGGCCUCAUACCAGCUGAACAUCGGAUACAAUUAUGCCAAUUGGCCUCAAGAAGUUCUGAUUUUGUAAUGGUGGAUUCAUGGGAGGCAAGUCAGAGUACCUAUCAGCGAACUAUAGCUGUUUUGUCCAGAAUUAAGAGUUGCUUGUGCAGGGAAAGGCUGCUAUCAGAGGACUCCCUGAAAGUCAUGCUGGUCUGCGGUUCCGAUCUGCUUCAAUCCUUUAGUACACCAGGAGUUUGGAUCCCGGAGCAGGUGAAAAUCAUAUGCAAGGACUUUGGUGUGGUUUGCAUUCGCAGAGAAGGGCAAGAUAUUGAGAAGAUAAUAACUGAUAAUGAGAUUUUGAGCGAGCACCGGGUGAACAUCAAAGUUGUGGACGAACUAGUGCCUAAUCAGAUCAGUUCAACAAGGGUUAGGGAGUGCAUUUCAAGAGGGUUAUCAAUAAAGUAUCUUACCGCAGAUGAAGUGAUUGAUUACAUUAAAGACAACCAUUUAUACCUGAAGUCAGAUGAGGACAAGUGAGAGGAUGCUCCUUGAAGUCAAUCAGUGGUGCAAUUGUGCAGCAAAGAAGAGCUUCUUCAGUGCAUCCCGGCAAGUUUGCCACAAAAUGUUGAUCUUCGUCAACAAUUGAGCCUCUUGUGUAUCUAAAAUGAAUAAAUUAACGCCUUCUGAUCCCAUUCCAUGAGCAACAGAAAUAGAUAUUUGUUGUAUCAUCAACUGACCAUCUUGAUGCUCAAUAUUCAGCUUCCAUGAAUGAUAUUGCCAUUAUCGGGCUCCCUCUCUAUUCUUGUGGGUCGUUCAGUGAUUUCUCUAUGAGCUCCUAAAGCUUCGAUCGGUUUUUACUUACGGGGUUGAGGAGUGCCUGGCAGUUUGUUUCUUUCUGGGGUGAAAAUGGUCAAUUGAAUUCAACCCCCUCUGCGUCUCUUUCACCAUUCAUUGCGGCAGCUUGUGGAAAUGAAACUCUAUACUUCAAUUGUACGGCUAUAAAUUCUGCAAGAAUAUUAGGGUGUUCAUAAGGUUUGUAUUAUUGUAAUUCUUGUAUUAGCAAUGUUGACUAUGGGUUCACACA